AUGUCGUCAAUUGCCGCCAUGGCCUCCCGCCGGGCCUUUGCCCGCCAGUCUCUUUUCCGCGCCCCCGCGCGCCGUGCCUACAGCUCCAAGGUCGAGGAGGCUGGCCUCGACAAGGCUCCUCGUCGUGACCCCGAGCUCUACGUUCUGCUCGGUGUCAUGUCCGGUGCUUUCCUGAUCGCUGGAUGGUACUUCGGCAAGAAGCCCACCUCCGUCACCUCCGAGAGCAACGUGCGCAUCCCUGACAGCUCCAUGCCCUGGGAGCGUGAGGACGACGGCAAGGUCUACAAGUACCAGUACCACCCUCACGGUGACAAGAACCAGCCCCUCAGAAACGCUCCCAGCGCUCUGAACACCGUCAUUGUGCCCAACGUCACUCUCCCCGAGGACCUCCACGAGCGUUUCAACAAGUACGGCAAGGAGGAGUGGGACUACUAGAUGUCUUAUCCACCCAGUACAGAUUGUGUACGCAGCUGAGAAGCAGAUUAUCCGGGGCCGGGGUUGAGCUGUAUUUUAAAAUCACCGAUGACUACCUAGAAGUAUGGGGAUGCGAUUGUCGUUAUAAGAGUUCUGUGCAUAUUUUAUCAUCUUUUGGACGGGAAUCAAUUGAAGACUGCUUUUUUUGUUGUGCUAUCAUGACCAAGCUUCCAAACAACCGGCCAAAAAAACACACGGGAAGGCCGUCAACUCUCGCAAAAUGUAUAGUCAUGUACAAGUUCACAUUUCGUUAGAUCAG